AUGCUUCUUAACAAGCUUAUUGUUCCCUUCUCCGCUUUUGGCCUUGUGGCAGCCAACACGAUCACCUUCGUCUCCCUUGACGAACAUAAUCGCACAAUCUUUUCCAAGCACAAGACUAAGUGCACAAAUGACGACCACGGGCUUUGCAACGAUGUCAGCCUUGCAGACAUUGCCCCGGUCAAUGUCCCUGGACUCGCUCAGAUCGACGUCCAGCUUCCCUCGGGCUGGGAAGGCAAUUUCUAUUCUGUCCCGGGCGGUACCCCGGAUCGCACUGGAAUGCUGGCCGAGAUUCGGUCGCAGGGCUUCGAGAAUGGAAGCUACUACGACGUCUCAGCGAUUGAGAACCCCAAUGACAACGUCGGAGUGAAGCAGUUUUGGCCUGCUCACGACCCUAACGCUGAGGUCAGCGGGUGCAUUCAGUUCCCCUGCCCCUACACCUACUAUCAUCCCAACGAUCUGCAGACGAAACCGGCCACCUGGUCCGACAAGUUCUAUUGUACCCUUGGGAACGCCGAUCUGUCAAAGAACCCGCACCUGGCUCAAUGGCACAUGGUUUACGACCACGAGAAGAAGAAAUGGGCUCCUCUUUCUGCGUAG